AUGGCGGAGAGGAGGAUCCUUCCUGUUCUCUCAUCCGCCUCUGCUGUCGGAGUUUUUUUGCUCUACUUGUGCUGCUUCUUCCCGGCGGCAUUGUCUGUCAACGUUACCUACGACCGCCGGUCGCUCAUCAUCGAUGGCCAGAGGAAGCUCCUCAUCUCCGCUUCCAUACACUAUCCUCGCAGUGUCCCCGCUGUGAGUUCUCUCCGCGCUCCGUGUUAGUCGUCGUCAUCUUCUUCUUCUUCUUUUAAGUUCUACGGCGUGGUUUAUAGACGGAUUGAAUGCUUUUGAAUGUGGAUGACGAGCAGAUGUGGCCAGGGCUUGUCGCGGCAGCCAAAGAAGGAGGCGCCGACGUGAUCGAGUCGUACGUCUUCUGGAAUGGCCACGAACCUUCUCCUGGCAAGGCGAGUAUUAUCCUUUUCGUAUUGUCUGAGAAGAGCGCUUGGUUUGCGAGUGGAAACUUUGACGAUGUUCUUACCCUCUCAACCCGGGAAUGUAGUACUACUUCGGGGAACGAUUCAACCUGGUUAAGUUCGCGAGAAUCGUCCAGGAGGCGGGGAUGUACAUGAUCCUGCGCAUCGGUCCGUUCGUGGCAGCCGAGUGGAACUUCGGGUUUGUACAUUCACAACAAGAUUCCCUCUCGACUCUCUCAUAGCUUUCUGACGAAAUAAAUACUGUGGAAUACAGCGGAGUGCCUGCUUGGCUGCAUUAUAUACCCGGGACGAUCUUCAGAACCGACAGUGAGCCUUGGAAGGUGCUUCGUCGUCUAUCCGUCUCUGAUCAUUUGUAAAUGUGCUUGAGGGAACUUUUUUAUAAGUAAUUGUUUAAUGAAAUAAUGGCGGAUGAAGAGAGAUGACAUCACGCAUCUUCAUCGCAGACUCACAUGAAGAGCUUCACGACCGUCAUCGUGAACAUGAUGAAGAAGGAGAAGCUUUUCGCUCCACAGGGGGGUCCUAUCAUCCUGGCGCAGGCACGUUUCGACCUCUUCCUAGAUGAGCAACUCGAAGUGCCUAUAUUCUGACUGUAAAGCUGUAAAACUAUGGUCCUAUCUGCUCGUUAAAGAGUUUUAACGUAGCAGCUCACAAGUUGGAUAAUAAUCUACAAAUAGUAUGCUCCCCGAAAUCAUCAUAAUUUUAUAUUUUUCCAUGCCAUCCAACUUUUCUUGCUAAUUCCCUUGAUGAGUCGUGUUGACUUUUUAACUAUUUCCAUUUCUGAUGAGUCACACAUUACUGAUGAAACAAUAAAGAAAUUGAAAUAGUUUCUACUCGAGGCCAUGUGUGACUAAUGUUUCAUCAAUAAUGCGACAUGAAAAGAAAUAAAAUAAAAGGGUAUAGAGCUAGAUUUAUCAGGUGCAUUGAACGUGUAUAGCCUUUGUUUCCUACUUUACAAAGACUACACCUGUCAUUAUUUUUCUGUUAAUUUAAAUAGAUAGGAACAAAUUGAGACCACAUGUAGCUCAAAGACUAAACAAAGAUUAGCAUAGAAAAUCAUGCUGCCAACAGUAGUUGUGGACAGCAUAUUAGCCGAAAUCUGCCUCAACUCUGCUAUCGAUAGGAUAGUUUGAAGAAAAUGGUGCUGGAUAUUUUCAAGCAUCUGAAGAGUUUUCGAUAUAAGAUUUUUCCUUCACAGAACAGGAAAAUUAUGAGGUUUUCGGAUGGAUAGGUAGAUUUUCUUGGGUAUCUAACUUUCCUUUAGAUCGAGUCUUUUUCAAAAUCACCAUGUUCCUAAUUACGAUUCUUUCCCGUUUUCUUCUUAUAAGUUUUAACCAUUAUUUGAGGAACAGAGCAUCCUAAAGUAAUUAUUUACAGACAAAACUUAUCCUGAUAUUUAUCUUCACCAUUUGAAUGAGCACUAACUAAAGGUACAGUGGUUGUGAUGACAUGCUUUCUUUUUUAUGGUAUAUUUAAUUUACUAUUACUUUCCUCUGAUCACUAAAAGGGCUCAGGUUUUAUCACCCAUUGAACUGCGAUGUCUAUUUGGAUUUCUAACCAACCAUUUUACAGAUCGAAAAUGAAUAUGGUGACACUGAAGCGGUUUAUGGAGAUGGAGGGAAACGAUAUGCAAUGUGGGCUGCAGCUAUGGCUCUUUCUCAGAACAUUGGUGUCCCUUGGAUAAUGUGCCAACAAUAUGACGCCCCUGAUAAUGUGGUUAGGAUUUGUUGACUUGUAUAUAUUAUGUGUACAAUUCAUGCCAUGCUACAAUUUGUGCUUUUAUUUUAUAUGAUCAAUUUAUGUAACUGUAGUGUUUUCCAGGAAGUUUGUGCUUGGGAAAAUCUACAGAUUUAGAAGUAGUGAAUCUGUCAAUAUAUUGUGCAUGAAUACGGACUCAUAUUUUAGGGUAUUUAUAUCUGUAGUUUCCGAAUUAAAUUCACUGUCUUCGUGUUUGAGUUAGUUUUCUCUACGACAGGUUUGGUUGUAUAUUUUCAGGCAUUGGUUAUGACCUGUUUCUCAUUGUCUCCUUUCAGAUUAACACUUGCAACUCCUUUUAUUGCGAUCAAUUCUCUCCUAAUUCUGUCAACAAGCCAAAAUUUUGGACUGAGAAUUGGCCUGGAUGGUAAUGAUCUAUACGAUUACCAGAGCUUGUGGUUUGAAAUGCAUUUUUGUUUCUAGGCAUACAUAGACAGGCUUUCUGUAGAUAUUGUCAUAAACAAGAGCGCAUUGGUCCACAGUAUGCUUCCCAAUUCUCUUGUGGUAUAACUACUUAACCUUAUUCUUAAUCUUGUCAGGUUUAAAACCUUUGGGGCAAGAAAUCCUCACAGACCUCCUGAAGAUAUUGCAUUUUCUGUAGCUCGGUUUUUCCAGAAAGGCGGUAGUCUUCAAAAUUAUUACAUGGUAUUCCAUGCCUUGAAGAUGAUGACCUUUAUUAACCAAUGGCGUUGCAUAUACUUAUGUUUCCACUGUAGUUCGACCUUUUAAAGUGGAUUUUAGAUUUUCUAAUUCUUUUGAAUAUUUUGAUUGGAUAUAUUCAGUACCAUGGUGGAACGAACUUUGAUCGCACUUCUGGGGGUCCAUUUAUUACAACUAGCUACGAUUAUGAUGCCCCAAUUGAUGAGUAUGGUGAGUAGUUAAUCGUUUACGUAACAUAUUGGAGUUUAGAGAUGUUUUGACUGAAAGAACUCAGAUUUGUGUGCAUAAUUUGCUGUAACGUGAAUUUCUAGGAUUGGUGAGGCUUCCAAAGUGGGGACACCUCAGAGAUCUACAUAAAGCUAUAAAACUGUGUGAGCAGGUAUUGCUGUAUGGCGAACCAACGUUUCUCUCCCUCGGUCCUCUGCAAGAGGUAUGAUCUUCUGCCAUCUGUCCUGGUAUGGUGAUUAUGAUCAUGCCGUAUAUCACAGCUUUCUGUUAGCGAGAGAAUGAAGUAAGCCCGCAAAGUGCUUUUCAAUUGAAUAUGGUUUAUAUUAGAUGAUCUUAUUCCGGGGUUUAAGUGAUAUGUUAUUUAUGCUUCAAUUUUCAUCUUCUUUUUGUGUAAAAGCUUGACACCAAGCUCAAUCAUACAAGAUAUGGACGAAAAAGAACACCCACAGCAUACCAUAUUGCUUAUGAACAUUGUAGAUCGUAUGACAUCCACCAUUUCCAAACUGGGUUCCAUAUCGUAAAUGAGUACGGGGAACGAUGCUGCGUUGCGAGAAACCCUAAUGCCAAUUAUGGAUUACGAGGUCGGUCCUGCUCAAUUCCACUCAUUCGCAUUGAACUAUUUCCUCAUACCUCCAACUCCAGUAUAAAUUAGGAUCAAGUGGGCUGUGUUAAGACUUAAAAUAGGGUUCAAAAUUAUCUAGAGGAAAUCUGUUGUUACAAGAGUGUUAAAACUUUAAUAAAGGAAAUCUGUAUUUCCAGAGGGUUUUCAUUGUUUUGAUCCGGCCUGUUUUCUAUUUUCGUUUUCGAAACAACUUGAUCUCGUAGUCAGUUCGUCAACGUCUCCCCUGAAUACACCCUUCCCAGUAAAAAAAUAAAAAUAAAAAGUAGUUAGUAAAUGGAAAAUUUGAAAAUCUAUUCUCACUUUAAUGCAACGUCUGUAUAUAUGAACUAAUUCACUAUGCCUGCAUCUUUCACUUUGGGACCUUCUUCUACAUCUAAUCAAGCCUUGCUGUGGAUCAGCUUCCAGCUUGUGAUUUACAGUACAAUCAUCGUUUUACAACCUUUUGUUGGAUUUGUAGAAUGCCUAUCAUUAUCUAUGCACAUCACAAUUUUUUAACUUACGAUACUAAACAAAUUCUAAUCUUAACGUUUUCACAGGCUGAUGUUUUUACAGAUUUAUAUGGAAGAUGUGCUGCAUUCAUUUCUAACAUGGACGCAGAAAAUGACAAAUACGUGAUUUUAAGGAACAGAUCAUAUCUUAUUCCCGCUUGGUCUGUCAGUAUUCUACCAGAGUGCAAGAAUGUGGGAUUCAAUACUGCAAAGGUGAUUUAUUAUUUUUUCUUUUCGAACUUUUAUACGGUGGAGUCAACAUCCUUGUUAUUGAUAUUAAAUGUCGGCCCCUUGGAUGUAGCUUGACGAAAUUUUAUGUUCGAACUCAAUGGCCUUUUGAGUAGUUAAUUACUGGUUAGCAAGAAAUGUUAUUGAUGAACUCUAAGUUACCAUUUAAUAAUUUCUGCCAAUAAUUAACGCACCACUGUUUCAUAUGACGAACUCUUUUUUAAAUGUUAUUUCCAGGUUGGGUCCCAGACUGCUAUUACAGAAAUGAUACCUGAAAAUAUCAAAAUUUCUGGAUGGGAUAUCUUUGUCGAGAAGGCAGGGAUUUGGGGAAAGGCUGAUUUCUCCAACCAAGGAUUUGUGGAUCAUAUUAACACCACACGCGAUUCUACUGAUUAUCUUUGGUACACGACAAGGUAUCAUCUUCUACAUCUGAAUUAUUUUCAACGAAGGGUCGUACUUCAACGUUGUCCAUAAUAAUUUACUUUUUCCUCGGCAUUAACAAAGGGGAAAGAUUGAAGAUUAUGUGGUUGCUCGGAAUACUCUCUACACUGCAGGAUGGUACAUUUUAUGGUGGUCUUUAUAAUGAAAUUCCCCAACAACUCUACGGUGAAACUGGGCAAAAAAGUUCAGGCAAUAACACUCCACGGUGGUUUUUAUAAUGAAAAUCCCCAACAACUUUCUUGGCGUUCACUUGUUACAAUAGCAUGUCUUUUUUAAAAAAAACUUUUUACUCUUAGGGAUGGAAAAUUUAGAAGGAACGCAACGAUUUUGAGAAGAUUGAUUUUUUUAAAAUAGAAAACGAUUCGCGUUCCCAGAAACUGAUGUACUUCUUGCCUGACUAAAUGGCAGCUUGCAUGUUGAUGAAAGCGAACUCUUAGGAAAUGGAACCUAUGAAGUUCUUGUUGUUGAGUCGAAGGGUCAUGGCGUCCAUGCGUUCUUAAACCAACAGCUCCAAGGUAAUUUUAUCUGAUUAUUUUUCCCUGGGAAUAACUGAGUAAAAUAUUGAAUAUGUGACAAGCUAUGGUGUUUCCGUCUUAAAGAUUCAACUUUAAGUAGUGCGGGAUUAGUGUUCCUUCCAUUACUGAAGAAGAGAAGCUGGCUUGGGUGUCAGCAUAGUCAGUUCCAUAGUGUAAUAUCAUGAAGCUGCAUGAUGCACUGUGGUAUCAUUCAUUAUGCAUUAUUUUUUCACAUGUGGUAGAAACAACAUCUAAUCUUUCGGAGAUCAUUUUUUCGUUAAAACUUGCUUUAAUAUCGAAAUUCAUCUUAUGCCGUCAUCCAAACAGAUGUCUUCCAAGUUGUCAUUGCUUCAUUUUUCUUCCUUAUGUAGUAAGUGCAUUUGGAAACGGGGGAAAUUCAUCUUUCAAGAUUGAGACUCCCAUUCAUCUGAAACCAGGGAACAAUGAGAUUGCUUUUCUGAGCAUGACAGUUGGUUUACAGGUAAGCUUCAUACGUGACUUAUGCUACUUGUAACAUCUUAAUGUAACGAUUCCUGGGCACACAGCUCAUUUAAAAAUAAAAAAAGUGUAUGCCCUCUUCAUGAUCAAUUUUCUAUUUCCCAUGGGUGAUAUUCAUAGAAAUGGAAAAUAUUUUGAUGUUCUUCAGUGAUCUGCAAUUAAUUUAUCAUACUUGAAACCUGUAAAUAAUUUGUUUACUCAAGAAGGAUAUCCAGGGAAAUUACGUCACUUACCAUCCGCGUGAAAUUCGAAUUCCCUAUGAAGAAUCCAAUGGGACAUCUUCUAGUAUCAAGUCUGGUGGAUCAGUUUUUCUGAGAUUUUAUUUUCAAUGGUUCCUUCAGAAUGCUGGGCCAUUGUUUGAAUGGACGGGGGCAGGGCUAACCAGUGUCAAGAUAAAUGGGUUGAGAAACGGAACAGUGGAUCUGUCUUCGAAGAGUUGGGUGUAUAAGGUAAAUUCCAUAAAUUCUUCGCACAUUUAAAAUAUCUUCUAGAAUUUUCUGUGAAGUAAUUUUUCUAGAAAAAGUCCUUACAUAUUUAUUGGAAAAUUUAUUGAUGUCGCCUAGUAUGAUGCUCAUCUUAUUUCUGGUAGAUUGGACUACAAGGUGAGAAUCAACAGAUUUACAGCCCUAUGAACAACUUCGGCUGGACAUCAACGUCAGUGUUGCCAAAGAACCAGCCCCUGACUUGGUACAAGGUACUCUUUUCCCCAACCCUUUCUAAUCUUAAUCAAUAUACCCUUGUUUUCAAUAUCCAUUUGGAAUCAUAAUCAGUAGGAAGAAAGUCGUCGAUCAUGGGCCUCCCGAUGAUAUGGGUCAUGAUUGACUUCUCUCCUCCCAGCAUCAAGCUCAUGAUAAGUGGGCCCUUUAUUCUCCUGCCAUCUCUCUUACGAGACCACCAAGAUCUUCCGCACCCUUGUUAUGAUUUCGUUAAUUAUCCUAUUUCAAUUCAUAAAACAGAAAAGUUUAUUCUGAUGACUUGGCAGGCGACCAUCAAUCCACCCGACGGAAGUGACCCGGUUGGGCUGGAUAUGGCAUCCAUGGGCAAGGGGCGAUUGUGGUUGAAUGGAAAGGCCAUAGGGAGAUACUGGCCGAGGAAAAGCUUAUCAUCCGAUGGAUGCCCAGGCACUUGUGACUACAGGGGGAAGUUUUACCCAGAUAAAUGCAACACUGGAUGCGGCGAGCCGACUCAGAGAUGGUAAAACUCUCUCUCUCUCUCGCUCUCUCUGUGAUCUUACUGAUAUUGAUGGGCUUGCCCUUUUGGGCAGGUACCAUGUACCAAGGUCGUGGUUUCAGCCGUCGGGAAAUACUCUGGUGGCAUUUGAGGAAGAGGGGGGAGACCCGACAGGGAUCUCCUUCUCGAGGCGGGUGGUGACCGGCAUCUGCAACUUCGUUCGGGAGGACCACCCCGUAAUGGCCCUGGAAUCGCAGCAGAAGACCGGCGGCGCUGGCGAUGGCGGCGACCCUGAAGCGUCUCUCCGGUUGGCCUGCCCCGGGAAGGCAGCCAUCUCCGCCAUCCGGUUCGCCAGCUUCGGUACCCCCAGCGGCGUCUGCGGUUCUUUCCUAUACGGAAGCUGCCACUACGCCAACUCCAUUUCCGUGGUGCAGAAGGUAAUUUGCAGAAGCUCUCUAUCUAUCUAUCUAUCUAUCUAUAUAUCUUUGUGUACAUUUAUUAGCUCCUGUUUCUCGGGAACUUGAUCUCGUGCUCUCUGCUACAGGCAUGUCUAAGCAAGAGAGAGUGCUCCAUCACCUUGUCGAGGGGGAGCUUCGGCGAGGACCAAUGCCCCGGCGCAGUCAAAGCUCUAGCCGUAGAGGCGGCAUGCAGCUAA